CACAUCACUGUGCUGGAUGCUAAUGAUAACGCCCCAGUGUUUAGCCAGGCCGUUUAUAAAGCCAGUCUGCCUGAAAACUCUCCACUCGAUACUGUUGUACUCAUAGUGAGUGCUACUGAUGCAGACGAGGGAGUGAAUGGUGAUGUUGCUUUUGGAUUUGAUCAUGUUUCAGAUGAAAACCAAGUUUUCUUUCUAAACCCUAAAACGGGAGAAGUUAAGGUGUCUGGAUCUAUUGAUUACGAGAAAGAGUCGUCAUAUGAAAUGCAGAUAAGCGCCAAAGAUGGUCUGGGUUUGGCGUCAUAUGCAACGGUAAUAAUUGAGAUUACUGAUAUCAAUGACAACGCACCAGUUAUAUACCUGAAAUCACUGUCUAACCCCAUACCUGAGAACGUGUCACCUGGUACAGAGGUGGGCAUCAUUAACGUGCAGGAUAGAGACUCUGAGAAUAACAGACAGGUCCGCUGCUCCAUUCAGCAAAACGUCCCUUUUAAGUUGGUUCCUUCUAUCAAAAACUAUUAUUCUCUGGUGAGCACAGGACAACUGGACCGUGAAGUAGUGUCUGAUUACAACAUUACAAUCACUGCCACUGACGAGGGCUCUCCACCUCUGUCCUCCUCUAAAACUGUUCAGUUAUCUGUAGCAGACAUCAACGACAACCCACCUGUGUUUGAGGAACAGUCGUACAGCGCAUAUGUGAGUGAAAAUAACAAACCUGGCUCCACUUUAUGUUCCGUUAGUGCUCGAGACCCCGACUGGAGACAAAACGGUACAGUGAUUUAUUCUCUGUUAGCCGGUGAGGUGAACGGUGCCCCGGUGUCCUCCUAUGUGUCUGUGAACGGAGACACGGGGGUGAUCCACGCUGUGAGGUCAUUUGAUUAUGAACAGUUCAGGAGUUUUAAGGUCCACGUGAUGGCCAGAGACAACGGUUCUCCUCCGCUCAGCAGCAACGUGACCGUGAGUGUGUUCGUAUCGGAUGUGAAUGACAACUCUCCUCAGAUACUGUACCCCGCCCCCGAGGGCAACUCGUUCAUGACCGAACUGGUCCCCAAAGCUGCACACGGAGGCUCUCUGGUGUCCAAAGUGAUAGCGGUGGACGCAGACUCCGGGCAGAACGCCUGGCUGUCCUAUCAUAUAGUGAAAUCCACUGAUCCUGGACUUUUCACUAUUGGUGUCCACAGCGGAGAGAUCAGAACACAGCGGGAUAUUUCCGAGUCUGACAGCAUGAAACAGAACCUUAUUGUGUCAGUGAAAGAUAACGGACAGCCCUCUCUGUCUGCCACCUGUUCCAUGUAUUUACUUAUUUCUGAUAACUUGGCUGAGGUGCCAGAACUGAAGGAUAUUUCUUAUGAUGAGAAGAACUCCAAACUGACCUCUUAU